AUGAGUAGCGGCGUUGAAGAUGAAGUUCAUCUGAAUAUGAUGCUACCACCAGGUUUUAGGUUUAAGCCAACAGAUGAAGAAGUAUUGUUGGAUUAUUUGAAGCCCAUGGUGAUGAACCAGAAGUUGCCACCAAAUAUGAUCAACUCUGUUGAUCUUUAUAAAUACAAUCCGAUUACUCUGACGGAAACAUUUCAAAAGCGAGAGGAUGAUGAUGAAUGGUACUUUUUUACCACAACUACUCGAACAUCUCAAACCACCGGAAGAACUAGCCGGACAACCCCAGACGGAUAUUGGUUAGCCAGUCAAGGUGACAAAGAAAUCACUCUUACACGUGGAAGAGCAGCGCCAGUUGAUAAUCAUGAAAACCCUAAAAAAAGGAAGACAACGGCAGAUGAUGAUAUUAUCGGAUACCAAAAAACGUUGGUUUACUACUUCAACAAAAAGAAUAAUCCAGAUAGCAGAAGAACAAGUAGUAAGAAAGAUGCUGGUGUCAAAACAGACUGGAUAAUGUAUGAGUACAACCUAAACCAUGGGAGCUGCAGUACUACAGGACCAGAUAGAUGGUGGAAGAUAUCUAGAUGA